AUGUCGUCCUCACCAGUAGCAUCAAUUAAACUGCAGGAGAAAAGCAUAAACGAACUCAAUGCCACAUCAAUAACUAGCUCAACAAAUGAACCCAAACAUAGUGCAUGGACAAAUUUCAAAGACUCAUUCAAACCACCAGAAUCAAAUCGUAGUCGACCUCAACCACAGCUGACAUCCAGUUCCAAUUCAGAAGAUGCCGAUUCCACCAACAAGACAGGGGAUAACAACAACAACAAUGAUGACAUUGAAGAAGGAAGUAUUCAUGCGCCUCUCAAACAAACCCUUAAAAAGAGACAAUUGCAAAUGAUUGCUCUUGGUGGAUGUGUAGGGUCUGGUUUACUAGUUGCGUCAGGGCUAGCCAUGGAAAAUGGUCCUGCCAGUUUAAUUGUUGCUUGGAGUAUUGUUUCCACUUUCUUGUACUGUACAAUGCAAUCAUUGGCAGAAUUAUCCAGUAGUUAUCCAGUCACUGGUUCAUUUGCUACAUAUUCCGUUAAAUUUGUUGAUCCAAGUUGGGGUUUUGCUAUGGGCUGGAAUUACGCCAUGUUUUGGGUUAUUGUCUUACCAUUGGAAUUGGUGGCAUCAGCAUUGACGAUCAAUUUCUGGAAUUCAGAUAUCAACAGUGAUGCAUGGGUAGCAAUAUUCUAUGUAUUGAUUUUCUUUUUAAACAUGUGUGGUAACAAAGGAUUCGGAGAAACUGAAUUUGUUGCUUCAAUCAUCAAAUUGUUGGGGAUUGUUGGCUUCAAUAUCUUGGCCAUUGUAUUGAUAUGUGGUGGUGGAGACCAAGGCUUUAUUGGAGGUAAAAACUGGCAUCCGCCUUUCACUACUGGGUUUAAAGGAGUUGUGUCAGUGUUGUUAACGGCAACUUAUUCAUUAGCAGGAACCGAAUUAAUUGGAUUAACAUCAAGUGAAUCAGCAGGAGAUUCAAGAAAAAUCUUACCAAAAGCUAUCAAACAAGUUGUUUGGAGAAUUCUUAUUUUUUACAUGACUACUUUGACGUUGCUUGGAUGUUUGGUUAACCCUGAAAAUCCUGAUUUAGUUGGUGCCAGCGGAAAUGCAGCUUCUCCAUUUGUCAUUGCUAUCAAACAAGGUGGUAUCAAGGGAUUGCCUUCAGUUUUCAAUGUUGUUAUCUUGGUGGCCCUUUUGGCCAUUGCCAACUCUGCCGUUUAUGGAUUUUCAAGAACCAUAUUGGCUUUAGCUGAACAAGGUCUUGCGCCUAAGAUUUACACAUACGUUGAUAGAAAGGGAAGACCAUUGGCUGGAAUUGGAACUUCAGCGUUUAUUGGAUUAUUAUCCUUCGUCUCCGCCUCCAAAAGUCAAGCUGAUGUAUUUGCUUGGUUAGUUGCGUUAUCAGGAUUAUCCACUUUAUUCACAUGGGGAAGUAUCAAUGGCGCCUUCAUUAGAUAUCGUAUGGCAAUGAAGGAACAAGGAAGAUCAACUGAUGAUCUUGCAUACAAAUCAAACACAGGACUUAUUGGUGCAUACUAUGGAUUAAUUGCCAAUGUCGCUAUUUUGGGACUUCAAUUCUGGCUUGCAUUGUUUCCCGUUGGUGAAUCUCCAAAAGCAGUUACAUUUUUCAAAACUUAUCUCGGUGGAGUCAUUGUGAUUGUGUUUUAUAUUGGUCAUAAACUUUGGACGAGAAGUUUGAGAUUUUAUAUCAAGGCAAAAGAUAUUGAUCUUGAUAAUGGUAAAUCUGCUGUUGAUAUUGAUUUGAUUAAACAAGAAAUUCAAGAAGAAAAAGAAGCAUUGAGAGCAAAACCAUUGUACUAUAGAGUUUAUGAAUUCUGGUGCUAA